AUGAUUUUUUGUUUAUCAUGCAGGUAUUUUACAGGUCAGCAGUUGAAGGAGCUGUUUGUGCUUGAUAAUCCCAAGGUUUCAGAGACACAGAAACAGCUUGAAGCAAUGCAUUCCUCUCAUAGGAAGACUGAUACAGAACUGGAUUCUCAUAUAGCGUUCUUGUUUUCUUCAGAUAUCUUUGGGAUUAGUGAUCAUGAUCUGAUGUUCUCUCAGGAAGCACAUGUGGAACCAAACCAGGAGUUUGAAGAAGAAGGAAACCAGUAUGUUCAGCAAAGGGUUCAAAGGGCACAGGAACUUGUUGCUCAAGAAUCUGACUUGACCCGGAAGUUGAAUGAUCACAUCCGACGUGGCACAGAGGGGCCCGGUGGAGCCAAGAAACGCUACUCAAUGAAUGUCAAUCGUGAAAGGCUGCAGAGUGAAUGGGCAGAGAAGUCUGGGGAAGGGGUCAUCAACCCACCUCUUCAAAAUGUACCAAAAUAUUACAAACCAGAGGAUAGACAACCUUCAAGAGGGGUAGACACGGCUGUUGAGGAUUUAGACCGCACCAUGGAAGAGCUCUCCAUCAAUGAUUCUAGAUCUAGCUAUGAUGAAGAAGUGGAGGAUUUAGCCCAACGUUCUCCUAGUUAUCAGAGUAAUGCAUCCCAAGACAUGGGAGGGAUGGAGGAGGUUCUGAUCAUCGAUGACUCUCCUCUCGGAAGCGGAGAUGAGGGGGGCAUUGAAAGCCGACCUGGUAGUGUCUUUGUGGUAGAUGAUGACUCGAGACCUGGGAGUCGGUCGGAGGAUAGCUGCAGACCUGGCAGCACGGUAGAGGACAAGGCUUUCAUAGGAGAAUCUUACCUCCCAGAGGAUAGCAGCCGUGGUCCUAGUAGGAAUGAUGAUGACAAUAUUAUAUAUGAUCAGGAUGAAGAGAUGGAAGAUUACAUUGAUGAUCACAGCAGUGGCGGUGAAUCUCGAAGUAAUGCUAAAGCACCAAGUACCAAGCAGGAGCUGUUAUCAAGUGCCAAUGAGAGUCUUGAAUUGGUCGUUGGUAUGACACCACCAAGAGGCCAAAAUGGAGAUUUCCAAGUUGGUUCCAGGGAGUCUAGCAGAGGUACAACUUCCUUUUAUACAGGCGAACCACAUGGUGGUAUGGUAGAUGAUAGUGGAUCACUGAGAAGCAGGAAUGAGGAAUCUAAGCAAUUGAUGCCAUCUGAUACUGACAGUUAUGGGAUGAUGGAGGUGAGUAGCGGACAGCCAUCUGAUCUACCACACUUCAAUGCCACCAGGAAACUGUCCCUUGAAGAGUCAAGAUCUUUGACGUGUAGUCAGAUGACACGAGAUGAGGAAGCAGACUUCAAAGCAAAUACAAUUGAUUGGGAGAAUGGCAGGUGUUCUUCACAGGAUAUGAGAUGCAGAGAAGGGAUGACAGACCAGGAUAUGAGUGCGAGUGGAGUAGAUGAUGUUGGACUAGAUAGUGAGGAUGAUGAAGAAGAUGGUAGUUAUGGAGAAGUGGUGGAGGUGUCUGUCGCAAGUUUUUGUUGUCAGGCUGAUGGGGAUGUCCGUCAAGACAUGGAUGUUAGCAACACCGUUGAACCCAGAGAACAAAUGCACAUGAUUGAAGAUCAAAGAGAUGAUGAGGUCAGUGAGAGCUCUGUGAGAAGAAGCCCACAUCCAGAUCUUCAAUCAGAUGAAGUUGAAGAGGAAAAUAGUUAUGAAGAUGUAUCCAUGGCCAGCUUCUCGGUGCAAACUGAUGAUGUUGACAACCUAAAAGAAGUGCAAUCAACAAAUCUGGACGAUAAAUCCAGUUCACAUUAUUCCCACAGCUCAGUACUGAAAGACCAACAAUCUCUCCAAAAGGAACUAUUCACUAAAGAUCUAUCCAGUAUCAAUGUUAGCUCAGCAAGGGAAGGACCUCCAGAAGGCAUUGACCUGGAUGCAACAUCUAGGUUCCUAGGACUCACAUCAGAGGAGAGCCCAUUCCUUAAAACAUCAUCACCUGUUAGCAAGGCCCGUCAUGUCCAGAGGAUAGUAUCGGAUGAGGAGGAGGAAGAUGAUGGGUCAGUUUUUGAAAGGGACACUAGUAAUGGAGGCAGGGUUGGACUCCUUGAUGAUGAAGGUGUGUAUGGAGGGGUAAAUAAAGACAAUGAACCAAGAGAUAUACAACUCAGCACCAAAAGGAAGAAACCAUCAAGUGUUCUGGUGGAUGAUAGCGAUGAUGAAGAGAUAAUAGGUAGAUCAAGUAGAAGCACCAAAUCUUCUUUGGAUACUGAACAAAGUGCAGUUAUGCAAGAGAGUAUGAGUGAGUUCAUUGUGGGUGAUUCUGAUGAAGAGCAGCAGUUUGAAGAACCACUGGACAAAGAUGAUGUUGUUGAUGAGAGUCUGCUGGAUGAAUCAGAGGAUUCAUCAGCCUCAGAAGUAGAAGAAGAAAUAGCUGGAAGAAAACGAAGGAAAAAACAUGUUAUAAUCAGUGAUGAUGAAGAAGAGGAGGAGAAGGAGGAGGAUGGUGAAAAUGAUCCCUGCAUCAGUAAAACAGAUGAACAGUACAAUAAAGCAAUGAAGAAAAUUGACUUUAUUGCAAUGGAAGCUGAGGAAGGGAGAUCAACUCAUGAUACUGGUAGAAUAUCAGAUGAAGAAAGAGAUGGAGAAGAUAAAGAACUAGAUGAUGAAGAUGAUGAUGAGGAGGAAAAUGAAGUACUGAAGGAAGAUGAAAUGGUGGAUGAGGAGGAACAAGAGGAUAGUUAUGAAGAUAGUGUAGAAGACGAGGAGGAGGAGGAUGAAGCAGAGGAAAACACAGAUGAAGAAGAGGAGGAAGAAGAGAGUGAUGGAAGCAGGAGUGAAGACGAAUCAGACAUGGAGAUGAGAGCAAAGUACAAAGCUCUUGUCAAGAAGGGAAUGUCAAAAGUAUCCGAGGGUGAUAACAAGGGUGCACUACGUGCGUUCCUCCAAGCACUCUAUAUUGAUGGUAGCAGUGAAAAACUUCAGCUCAUAGCCCUCAAACUCAAGAAGAAACUAGAAAACCAAUGAGAUAUUACCCAACUGAGAUAACAAGGGUGUCGUACAUGCCUUCCUCCAAGCACUUUAUAUUGAUGGUAGCAGUGAAAAACUUUAGCUCAUAGCCAAAUCCAACAAGAAACUAGAAAACCACAUGGGUGUUUAACCCAUAGAACUCUGGAUUAAUUCACUGAAGUGUCAUAAAUGCAUGUAUGCCCAGAGUGGAAACCUGGUAUUCUCAAAUGAGGUUUCAAUUGUACCAUGGUAGAAAACCAUGAUGUAUGCAGAUUUCACAUAUUAUCGCACUUCAAUUAGGCACCCUUUGCCAAAAGUGCACAUUCAUAAUUGGAUCUUUCUUAGCAUAUGCUGUGAAAUGAGCAUACCUAAUUAUGUACAAAAAUCUGCAUAGUCCAAGGUUUUGUAAAAUUAGAAAAGGGCCCUGGAAAAAAAAACCAUUCACUGCAAUUUUAAAGCUGAUCAAAUAAUCCAGACUUAGUCUGUAGGUUGUGAAAGUAACCAUCGAAAGUGAUAAUAUUUUGCCUGCAUCAGUGAGAUAAUUUCAAAUACAUUUAUUCAUCCAGGUUUGUUGGAUUAAUUGGUGUACCAUAUUAAUGGUGAAAUGCACAAAUGUAAGGUAGCUAUAUAGCAAAUACCAUUUACCUAUCGUCGUGGAAUAUUACAAGUGGAAAUUAAUCAGGUGUUUAAUGUUUAAUAUAUGCUUUAUAAGAAAGAGUUUGUGUAGUUUACAGAAUUUCAUUAUAUACUGUAGGUAUAGCUUCAUAGUUUUGGCAAAAAUUAUGCACAGUGAACUUGAGCUGAAAAUUAUAUGCUGAUUAGAAUAGCACAGUUUGAUCCCAAGCAAGUAAUUGGUAAAUAAUUAAGUUUUGUACUCUUUCUUUCUUUAUGGAUUUAUUUAUAUUUUUUCAAGGGGGUGGGGUAAGGUAUUAUUGACAUGGGAUUGAAGAAAUAAAGAAUACUUUAAAUACAGUGGUGCUAAAAAGAAAUUGAACCCCAAUAGAAAUUGAACAUAUUUAAAAGUGUUCAAAUUCUGCCAUUUUUUAGAUAUUUAAUUGUGAAGCCAGGUGAUAUAUUACAUUCAAUAAAGUUUGUUUCUAUGGACUCUCUGGACAUUGUAGUGUUGUUGUUGUUUACGUUCAACACUCAGCACGAAGGAGUGCAUUUUCUGGUGGGGUUCACUGACUUUUUAACACCACUGUAAGAUUCUCAGUUAUUGACGAUGGUGGCACCAAGAUGUUUUAUUAGGAGGUGAGCUAGCCAUAUCUGAAUUCAUUAACAUUUUAAAAAGAAAAAAGGUGAUAACUUCCAUGAGCCAUCCCUCUUGUUUUCAUACGCCUCUUCCCCCACCUUUUAUUCUCUCCUUCGUUUGUUCCCCCUCUUUUAAGUUUUUUUGUCAUCACGUGCAAAUCACAGGAUUGUUGCCAAAGAUUCAUUGAUGAAUGAAUGAUAUUGGUAUCGGAAAAUAAUCAUGAACGAGUAACUUUGCACAGUUUAAUAAAAAAUGCAAUAUUAAA